AUGGCUUAAUGUGAAAUGACACUUAAAGCUAUUGGUGGUGCUUUAAAUACAGAAAUUUUAUUUGUUUGCAAAGCUCUUCAUUUAGUAGAGUCUGAGAAGGAUUAUUAUAUUUGCGUUGGCGAAAACUGUUUUUAUUUCAUAGAUGAGUUUUUCGAUAAAGUAAGAGGAAAAUCUGAAUAUAACAAUCUACUAAGAAUUAUAGUAGACUAAAAAAUAGAAACAAUUCUGUAAAUUCAUUUUAAAGAGAGCAAAGAUCAGAAUAUGCCCCUAAAAAUGAAUUUAAUAUGUUAUGAUAGAAAGAAUCUGAUUUAUUAUUUAAAUUAUGCAUGGAAAACAUAUUAGAUGUAUUAUUCACUAGAAGUUAAGGAUCUCCCUAUAUACUAGCAAGAUAUAAAAUUUUAGAAUAAAGCUAAUAAAAAAACAAUAGGACCGCCUGAAUUUAUGUUUUAAUAGAAAGAUGAUGGAGUUAAAUUUACAAUUAAUAAUUAUGUAUUUUAAUUGAAUGCUCAGUUUAAAAAUAUAUAAACAGGCAUUUACGAAUAUAAGGCUGCACCUUUAGAUUAUCAGCUUUUUAUUUAGGUAACAAACCCUCUACCAUUACACACUAUUCAAAAGAUGGGAGUAUACUCUUAUUUAGAUUAGUAUGCCUUAAAAUAUAUUGAUUAAAUUGUAGCUGAAUACGGAAUAUAAAAAUACUACAUUGAGUAUUCCAAUCCUUAUAUUAGACGUCAUAACUUGACAGAAGAUAAGAGCUAGUGGAAAGGAUGGGAAAUUAGUAUAGUAACUAAUUAAUCUAAAAUAAGAUAAGUGAAUGUUAUUAUUUUGAGAAGAUCAUUUCUUCCACCACUUCUCGAAAAUUUUAAUGAUAUUAUAAUAGUUCUUUUUUCUAAUAGUGCUGCUUAUAAUAAGAAAGGUAAAAUAGAGGCAAGAUAGAUUGCUGACAGUAUUUAUCCUUUUAAUAUGGUUCUUCCUAUUUAUUCUUUGCUCAUUUAGGAUAAGUGUAACUCUCUUUCUCUUUAAGAAAUAAACUAUGAAUUUUUACUCAGUCAUGACCCACCACUUUAUCCUAAUGCCAUUUAUUAUAGUUUUUUGGUGAUAAAGUACAUUCAUAAUAAGCUAUCUAACUCUGUUAGCUAACAAAAAAGAUUAAAAAUUAAAGAAGAUUAGAUAAUUAGUAGAAUGACAAGAUUACAUGUGUUCAAUGCGAGCGAUAAUUUAAAUAAAUUUAAAAGUCUUUAAUUUAAUAGUAUUUAACAAUUAAUAUUGUAUAUUUAAGACGAAAUAGCUAAGCAAUUUGAUUUCUAAGAUUAAGAUAAUCAAAAUAUUUUAGAAUAGUAGGACUAGGUAAUUGAAGACUUUAGAUAAAAUAGAAACAAUGUUAGUGGAAACUUUGAUGUUGAAAGAAAUAGUGUCAAUAUGUUAAGUAAACAAAUGCAAAAAUUCUCAUUCGAUUCAUACAACUGGAAAAAAAAGGUUUCCAGGUUUAUUACCUUUUGCGUCGAUGGUGGUAUAUUUGGUGAUAGAUUCUCAUUAGUAGAUGUGAUUGAAGGAAUUUCUGAUUCACAAUGCAAAAGAGACUGCUAAGAUUUAUUAGAAUAUUGCUUGUUUAUGUUUAGUGAAGACGGAUAGCUGAACUAUACAGGUAUUACUAAAUCAGUAGAAAAGAGCAUUCAAAACCUUAAUAAUUUUAAUGAAAGAGUUAUGAUUUAGUUAAUUAAGAAUCAUUACUUUUAUAACUACUAUGUUGAGCAAGAUGUGUCAUAGAGUAAUAUUUAUCAACAACUCAUGAUAUACUUCCUAAUGGAACAUAAUUCUAUAGAGCUUAAAAAAGCUGUAUGCUAUCAUAUUAUAGAUAAAUUAAAUAAGAAAUCAGAGGAUUAAGCUAUUCCAAGUUAGGCAGGGUAAAUAUUAAAUGAGCUAGUAGCGCCUCUGAUAUAUUUGUAUUCUAAAUCUGAUGAUACUAAUUUGUAGCUUUAUUCAUGUAUAACUUUGUAAAAUAUCCUCGUUUAAGUUAGCGAUUCAAAAUAAACCAUGAUAUAGAAUAAUUGCAUUGAAAUAAUUUACUCUAAGCUAGAAUCUUCAAACUAAAAAAUGGUUAAUUAUUCCUUGAAAUUUAUAUAUAAUCUUUUUGAUGGAAUGAAUACCUCUUAAAUUUUUAACAUGAGCGUGCUUUAAGAUAAAAUUUUGUAAAUCAUUAAAGGCUAUAAAGGUAUGAAAGAUUAUAGGUAUAAUAUAGAAGUUAUGUGUACAGCACUUUCAUUAAUAAGAAAGCUAUUAAAUUCAAAUGAAAAUGAAUUUAUUAAAAUCAGAGAUUCUGCUGAUUUAUUUCACAAAAUUAUGCUACCUUCUCUAAAUAGGUAAUAAGAUGAUUACUUUUGUGAUUAAGAACUACAAGAGGAAACAUUAGGUAUUUUUGUAUAAUUAGCAAAUGUUGAUUAAACUAUAAAAGACAAAAUAGCCAAAAGAAAUGGUGAAUACCAUAGCAUAUUAGCAUACAGUAUAGAUUUAAUCCUAAAUCUAGUAAAUGGACUUUUGCUAGAUAGAUCUCUCUCCUUAAUUAUAACACUAUGCUAAGAUAGAAACGAUUUGAUAUCCUAUCUUAAAUAAAACUAAUUAUUUUACAGUGCAAUUAAAUUUCUUAGAUUCGAUUCUAAGCCUCCAAUAAAUCCAAAUACUCCUCUGGCAAAAAAGUUAGAAGCUUGCUUAUGGCUAUUCAGCAAUAAUGUUGCUGCAGAAGAAGAAGCUUCAAAUGAUAAAUCAAAAAAGAAAAAAUGA